CCUUCAACUUCAGAGAGUACACCAGCACAAACCACAAGUACAGCUUCAUCAACCACAUCUCCAACAACAAGCAAUCCAACAACAUCAGCAGCUGUAACUUCUGAAUCAACUACUUUUACUAAAACAAUAUCUACAACUUCAGAGAGUACACCAGCAGAAACCACAUCUACAAUUUCACAAACCACAAUUACAGCUUUACCAACUGCAUCUACAGCAACAAGCAUUCCAAUAACAUCAGCAGCUGCAACUUCUGGACCCACUACUCUUAGUACAAUACCUUUAAUUUCAGAGGGUACAACAGCAAGAGCCACAACUACAGCUUCAUCAACUGCUUCUACAACACUGAGAAAUCCAACAACAUCAGCAGCUGUAACUUCUGAACCUACUACUCCUACAUCAAAAACAAUGCCUACAACUUCAGAGGGUACAACAGUAGGAACCAUAACUGCAGCUUUAUCAUCCGCAUCUACAACAGCGAGCAAGAGUACAACAGCUGAAAGCACAACUACAGCUCCAUCAGCCACAUCUUUAACAAUGAGCAAUCUAACAAACUCAGCAGCUGCAACGUCUGAUCCCACUACUAUUUCGACAACAAAAAUGCCUACAACUUCAGAGAUUACAACAGCAAAAUCCACAACUACAGUUUCAUCAACUGCUUCUACAACACUGAGCAAUCCAACAACAUCAGCAGCUGCAACUUCUGAUUCCACUACUCUUUCGACAACAACAAUGCCUACAACUUCAGAGAUUACAACAGCAAGAGCCACAACUACAGUUUCAUCAACUGCCUCUACAACACUGAACAAUCCAAUAACAUCAGCAGCUGUAACUUCUGAACCUACAACUCCUACUUCAAAAACAAUGCCUACAACUUCAGAGGGCACAACAGUAAGAACCACAACUGCAGCUUUAUCAUCUUCGUCUAUAACAGCGAGCAAGAGUACACCAGCUGAAAGCACAACUACAGCUCCAUCAGCCACAUCUUUAACAAUGAGCAACUCAGCAGCUGCAACUUCUGUUCCCACUGCUAUUUCGACAACAACAAUUCCUACAACUUCAGAGAUUACAACAGCAAAAGCCACAAUUACAGCUCUAUCAACUGCUUCUACAACACUGAGGAAUCCAACAACAGCAACAUCAGCAAUUUCAGAAUCCACAGCUAUUACUUCAACAACUAUGUCUACAGAUUCAGGGAUUACAACAGUUAAAACUACAGCUUCCACAACUGCAGCUGUAUCUUCCACUAUAACAACAGUUCCUGUGUCAUCUGAAGCUUUGAGUACAACAGCAUCUCAAACCAAAUUGCUUCUAGCAACCACAUCUACUGGAACUCUUGCAUCAGCAGUUGUGACUUCAGAAGUAACAGCAUCAGGUAGUACAACUACACCUGCAGCAAGCACAACUGCAGCUUCCAUGACCACAGUGGGGCCUUCCACUACUGUGACAACAGCUUCCGAAACUAAGACUGCAUCCUCAACAUCUACGCUUUCCUCACCUGCGAUAGUGCCUUCUACUGCUACGGCAUCUCCAACUUCAUCUGAAUCUCCACUUCAAACCACAUCAAUAUUUGUCAACCCUGCUCCAGUAAAGUCUACAACUUUAGAAAGCACAACUGCUCAUACAGCAUCGACGUCAGCUACCACAAAGUUACCUUCAACUGUUACAUCUGCUGCUACCUCAUCUGAAGCUCCAAGUACAAAAACAGCCGAAACCACAAUUUCAUUUGCAGCCACGACUACUGAAACCUCAACUCUUGCUUCACUACCAAUGUCUACAACUUCAGGCAGUACACCUGCACCCGCAGCAUCCAGUUUUACAUCUUCCUCCUCUAUGAUUGGAGCUCCUACUGCUUUUUCAUCUUCAAUCUCAUCUCAAACUACAAGUACAACAAUACAAGGUCCAACCAUAUCCACAAUUACAGCCAGAACAUCUGCAAUUUCAUCAACAACAGAAAAUCCAGCUCAAACCGCAGCUUCAAUUCUAAGCACAAGCACUGCUACAGUGGCCACAACAACUGCAUUCCAAAUAACAUCUUCACCUCUAUCAAGCACAACUGUUGCUUUCACUAAUACAGCUCCAACUCUAAGCCAAGCAACACUCCCUACCACAACAAAUGCACCUCCAAUAAUUACAACUGUGUCUCUGGAGACCAUAACUGUUGCUGUAACAAUUAUGCCCAUGUCCUCAUCACAUGUAACUAUAUUUCCAACUUUAACUCCAACAAAAACAACUGAACCUCCAAGAACCUCAAAUGCACCCAUUACAACCAUGACUGUUCUUCCUACCAAUACAGUUCCAGUUGAUAUCUCAGCUACUGCUCCAAGCACAACAAGCUCAGCUGCAGCUCAAAUGACAACUGCAUUUCAAGUGACAACAGGAGAUCUUUUAAAAACAACUGUUGCUUUUACAAGUACAUCUUCUGCUCCAGCCACACUUGAACUUUCAACAAAAACAACUUCAAGCCCAAGCAUGGAUUCAGAAACUACAACUGCAUCAACAACUACCACUGGAAUUAUUACAGGUCUUGCUAAUACAGCAGAAUUUCCAGUAGCUCCAAUAACAUUAGGUUCAAACACAAAUACAUCAACAUCACCAUCAUCUACAGUUCUAGGUCAAACAUUCAUAAAAACAACACCAGUUGAAACUCCUAUUAGCAAUACCACAACUCUGAACAAUACAACAAAAGCAGAUGCAUUUGUUACAUUUCAAAGUACUUCAAAUCCAGAAACUUCAAACAUAUCCAAAACAUUGGCAUCAAAUGUGUCCGGUGCAGCAACAGUCACAACCAAACUGAUAUUUUCCAACUUGUCAUCUCUGCCCACUGAAACUUUGGUCCAAGGUGCUAUUAGUACUCUAAUUACAUCUAGAGAGUCACAACUCAAUGAAUCACUGCAGAUUGUCAGUUUUAUCUAUCAGAAAAUCUCUGAAACUUCCUAUGCUGUCAUAUUUACUAUUAUUUUGAAUAAUGUCAGCAUACCUAAGGAUCCUGAGCUAAGAAACAAAAGUUAUGUUCAAGUGCAAGAUUUAAUUAAUAAUGCGUUGAACACUCUUCUAAACGAGCCUGGCAAGCAAGAUUUUGAACCCAAGUCCUCCAACUUCACGAGCACUUCAAACCAGAUUGAUGGCAGGAUGGAAUACGUCUUCCAGAAUGGAGAUGCCAUACAACCAGUCAGCUUCCUAAAUGAGUUACGUGUGUCAACCACGACAACAGUGCUUCCAGAAACAACAACCAGUUUCUCUGUGACUUCACCAAACCUCAUGUCUGGUUCAGCAGUGGUCACAGCCAGGCUGGUAUUCAACUCGUCAUCUCCAGUUCCCAGUGAAGAUCUGGUCCUCAGGGCUAUCAACACUCUCCGUAUUUCCAGAGAGUCAAAGCUGAAUGAAUCAGUGAAAGUGGUGAAUGUCACCUAUGAGAAAAUCUCAGAAACCUCAUAUGCUGUGGUGUUUGAAAUUAGAGUGGUUAACAUCAGCAUGCCAGUGGACCAGGUGCUCAGAAACAACACCUACCAGGAAGUGCAGAAAAUCAUUGUUACUACGCUGAACACUCUUCUGAACGAACCUGGCAGCCCACCUUUAGAACCCAAAUUUUCCAACUUCACGAGCGCUACAAACCAGAUUGAUGGCAAGAUUGGUUAUAACUUCAACGGUGGAGAUGCCAUGCAACCAGUCAGCUUCCUAAAUGAGUUACGUGUGUCAACCACGACAACAGUGCUUCCAGAAACAACAACCAGUUUCUUUGUGACUUCACCAAACCUCAUGUCUGGUUCAGCAGUGGUCAUAGCCAGGCUGGUGUUUAACUCGUCAUCUCCAGUUCCCAGUGAAGAUCUGGUCCUCAGGGCUAUCAACACUCUCCGUAAUUCCAGAGAGUCAAAGCUGAAUGAAUCAGUGAAAGUGGUGAAUGUCACCUAUGAGAAAAUCUCAGAAACCUCAUAUGCUGUGGUGUUUGAAAUUAGAGUGGUUAACAUCAGCAUGCCAGUGGACCAGGUGCUCAGAAACAACACCUACCAGGAAGUGCAGAAAAUCAUUGUUACUACGCUGAACACUCUUCUGAACGAACCUGGCAGCCCACCUUUAGAACCCAAAUUUUCCAACUUCACGAGCGCAACAAACCAGAUUGAUGGCAAGAUUGGUUAUAACUUCAACGGUGGAGAUGCCAUGCAACCAGUCAGCUUCCUAAAUGAGUUACGUGUGUCAACCACGACAACAGUGCUUCCAGAAACAACAACCAGUUUCUUUGUGACUUCACCAAACCUCAUGUCUGGUUCAGCAGUGGUCAUAGCCAGGCUGGUGUUUAACUCGUCAUCUCCAGUUCCCAGUGAAGAUCUGGUCCUCAGGGCUAUCAACACUCUCCGUAAUUCCAGAGAGUCAAAGCUGAAUGAAUCAGUGAAAGUGGUGAAUGUCACCUAUGAGAAAAUCUCAGAAACCUCAUAUGCUGUGGUGUUUGAAAUUAGAGUGGUUAACAUCAGCAUGCCAGUGGACCAGGUGCUCAGAAACAACACCUACCAGGAAGUGCAGAAAAUCAUUGUUACUACGCUGAACACUCUUCUGAACGAACCUGGCAGCCCACCUUUAGAACCCAAAUUUUCCAACUUCACGAGCGCAACAAACCAGAUUGAUGGCAAGAUUGGUUAUAACUUCAACGGUGGAGAUGCCAUGCAACCAGUCAGCUUCCUAAAUGAGUUACGUGUGUCAACCACGACAACAGUGCUUCCAGAAACAACAACCAGUUUCUUUGUGACUUCACCAAACCUCAUGUCUGGUUCAGCAGUGGUCAUAGCCAGGCUGGUGUUUAACUCGUCAUCUCCAGUUCCCAGUGAAGAUCUGGUCCUCAGGGCUAUCAACACUCUCCGUAAUUCCAGAGAGUCAAAGCUGAAUGAAUCAGUGAAAGUGGUGAAUGUCACCUAUGAGAAAAUCUCAGAAACCUCAUAUGCUGUGGUGUUUGAAAUUAGAGUGGUUAACAUCAGCAUGCCAGUGGACCAGGUGCUCAGAAACAACACCUACCAGGAAGUGCAGAAAAUCAUUGUUACUACGCUGAACACUCUUCUGAACGAACCUGGCAGCCCACCUUUAGAACCCAAAUUUUCCAACUUCACGAGCGCAACAAACCAGAUUGAUGGCAAGAUUGGUUAUAACUUCAACGGUGGAGAUGCCAUGCAACCAGUCAGCUUCCUAAAUGAGUUACGUGUGUCAACCACGACAACAGUGCUUCCAGAAACAACAACCAGUUUCUUUGUGACUUCACCAAACCUCAUGUCUGGUUCAGCAGUGGUCAUAGCCAGGCUGGUGUUUAACUCGUCAUCUCCAGUUCCCAGUGAAGAUCUGGUCCUCAGGGCUAUCAACACUCUCCGUAAUUCCAGAGAGUCAAAGCUGAAUGAAUCAGUGAAAGUGGUGAAUGUCACCUAUGAGAAAAUCUCAGAAACCUCAUAUGCUGUGGUGUUUGAAAUUAGAGUGGUUAACAUCAGCAUGCCAGUGGACCAGGUGCUCAGAAACAACACCUACCAGGAAGUGCAGAAAAUCAUUGUUACUACGCUGAACACUCUUCUGAACGAACCUGGCAGCCCACCUUUAGAACCCAAAUUUUCCAACUUCACGAGCGCAACAAACCAGAUUGAUGGCAAGAUUGGUUAUAACUUCAACGGUGGAGAUGCCAUGCAACCAGUCAGCUUCCUAAAUGAGUUACGUGUGUCAACCACGACAACAGUGCUUCCAGAAACAACAACCAGUUUCUUUGUGACUUCACCAAACCUCAUGUCUGGUUCAGCAGUGGUCAUAGCCAGGCUGGUGUUUAACUCGUCAUCUCCAGUUCCCAGUGAAGAUCUGGUCCUCAGGGCUAUCAACACUCUCCGUAAUUCCAGAGAGUCAAAGCUGAAUGAAUCAGUGAAAGUGGUGAAUGUCACCUAUGAGAAAAUCUCAGAAACCUCAUAUGCUGUGGUGUUUGAAAUUAGAGUGGUUAACAUCAGCAUGCCAGUGGACCAGGUGCUCAGAAACAACACCUACCAGGAAGUGCAGAAAAUCAUUGUUACUACGCUGAACACUCUUCUGAACGAACCUGGCAGCCCACCUUUAGAACCCAAAUUUUCCAACUUCACGAGCGCUACAAACCAGAUUGAUGGCAAGAUUGGUUAUAACUUCAACGGUGGAGAUGCCAUGCAACCAGUCAGCUUCCUAAAUGAGUUACGUGUGUCAACCACGACAACAGUGCUUCCAGAAACAACAACCAGUUUCCUUGUGACUUCACCAAACCUCAUGUCUGGUUCAGCAGUGGUCAUAGCCAGGCUGGUGUUUAACUCGUCAUCUCCAGUUCCCAGUGAAGAUCUGGUCCUCAGGGCUAUCAACACUCUCCGUAAUUCCAGAGAGUCAAAGCUGAAUGAAUCAGUGAAAGUGGUGAAUGUCACCUAUGAGAAAAUCUCAGAAACCUCAUAUGCUGUGGUGUUUGAAAUUAGAGUGGUUAACAUCAGCAUGCCAGUGGACCAGGUGCUCAGAAACAACACCUACCAGGAAGUGCAGAAAAUCAUUGUUACUACGCUGAACACUCUUCUGAACGAACCUGGCAGCCCACCUUUAGAACCCAAAUUUUCCAACUUCACGAGCACUACAAACCAGAUUAAUGGCAAGAUGGGUUAUAACUUCAACGGUGGAGAUGCCAUGCAACCAGUCAGCUUCCUAAAUGAGUUACGUGUGUCAACCACGACAACAGUGCUUCCAGAAACAACAACCAGUUUCUUUGUGACUUCACCAAACCUCAUGUCUGGUUCAGCAGUGGUCAUAGCCAGGCUGGUGUUCAACUCGUCAUCUCCAGUUCCCAGUGAAGAUCUGGUCCUCAGGGCUAUCAACACUCUCCGUAUUUCCAGAGAGUCAAAGCUGAAUGAAUCAAUGAAAGUGGUGAAUGUCACCUAUGACAAAAUCUCAGAAACCUCAUAUGCUGUGGUGUUUGAAAUUAGAGUGGUUAACAUUAGCAUGCCAGUGGACCAGGUGCUCAGAAACAACACCUACCAGGAAGUGCAGAAAAUCAUUGUUACUACGCUGAACACUCUUCUGAACGAACCUGGCAGCCCACCUUUAGAACCCAAAUUUUCCAACUUCACGAGCGCUACAAACCAGAUUGAUGGCAAGAUUGGUUAUAACUUCAACGGUGGAGAUGCCAUGCAACCAGUCAGCUUCCUAAAUGAGUUACGUGUGUCAACCAUGACAACAGUGCUUCCAGAAACAACAACCAGUUUCUUUGUGACUUCAACAAACCUCAUGUCUGAUUCAGCAGUGGUCAUAGCCAGGCUGGUGUUUAACUUGUCAUCUCCAGUUCCCAGUGAAGAUCUGGUCCUCAGGGCUAUCAACACUCUCCGUAUUUCCAGAGAGUCAAAGCUGAAUGAAUCAGUGAAAGUGGUGAAUGUCACCUAUGAGAAAAUCUCAGAAACCUCAUAUGCUGUGGUGUUUGAAAUUAGAGUGGUUAACAUCAGCAUGCCAGUGGACCAGGUGCUCAGAAACAACACCUACCAGGAAGUGCAGAAAAUCAUUGUUACUACGCUGAACACUCUUCUGAAUGAACCUGGCAGCCCACCUUUAGAACCCAAAUUUUCCAACUUCACGAGUGCUACAAACCAGAUUGAUGGCAAAAUUGGUUAUACCUUCAACGGUGGAGAUGCCAUGCAACCAGUCAGCUUCCUAAAUGAGUUACGUGUGUCAACCACGACAACAGUGCUUCCAGAAACAACAACCAGUUUCUUUGUGACUUCACCAAACCUCAUGUCUGGUUCAGCAGUGGUCAUAGCCAGGCUGGUGUUUAACUUGUCAUCUCCAGUUCCCAGUGAAGAUCUGGUCCUCAGGGCUAUCAACACUCUCCGUAUUUCCAGAGAGUCAAAGCUGAAUGAAUCAGUGAAAGUGGUGAAUGUCACCUAUGAGAAAAUCUCAGAAACCUCAUAUGCUGUAGUGUUUGAAAUUAAAGUGGUUAACAUCAGCAUGCCAGUGGACCAGGUGCUCAGAAACAACACCUACCAGGAAGUGCAGAAAAUCAUUGUUACUUCGCUGAACACUCUUCUGAACGAACCUGGCAGCCCACCUUUAGAACCCAAAUUUUCCAACUUCACGAGCACUACAAACCAGAUUGAUGGCAAGAUUGGUUAUAACUUCAACGGUGGAGAUGCCAUGCAACCAGUCAGCUUCCUAAAUGAGUUACGUGUGUCAACCACGACAACAGUGCUUCCAGAAACAACAACCAGCUUCUCUGUGACUUCACCAAACCUCAUGUCUGGUUCAGCAGUGGUCAUAGCCAGGCUGGUGUUUAACUUGUCAUCUCCAGUUCCCAGUGAAGAUCUGGUCCUCAGGGCUAUCAACACUCUCCGUAUUUCCAGAGAGUCAAAGCUGAAUGAAUCAGUGAAAGUGGUGAAUGUCACCUAUGAGAAAAUCUCAGAAACCUCAUAUGCUGUGGUGUUUGAAAUUAAAGUGGUUAACAUCAGCAUGCCAGUGGACCAGGUGCUCAGAAACAACACCUACCAGGAAGUGCAGAAAAUCAUUGUUACUACGCUGAACACUCUUCUGAACGAACCUGGCAGCCCACCUUUAGAACCCAAAUUUUCCAACUUCACGAGCACUACAAACCAGAUUGAUGGCAAGAUUGGUUAUAACUUCAAUGGUGGAGAUGCCAUGCAACCAGUCAGCUUCCUAAAUGAGUUACUUGUGUCAACCACGACAACAGUGCUUCCAGAAACAACAACCAGCUUCUCUGUGACUUCACCAAACCUCAUGUCUGGUUCAGCAGUGGUCACAGCCAGGCUGGUGUUUAACUUGUCAUCUCCAGUUCCCAGUGAAGAUCUGGUCCUCAGGGCUAUCAACACUCUCCGUAUUUCCAGAGAGUCAAAGCUGAAUGAAUCAGUGAAAGUGGUGAAUGUCACCUAUGAGAAAAUCUCAGAAACCUCAUAUGCUGUGGUGUUUGAAAUUAAAGUGGUUAACAUCAGCAUGCCAGUGGACCAGGUGCUCAGAAACAACACCUACCAGGAAGUGCAGAAAAUCAUUGUUACUACGCUGAACACUCUUCUGAACGAACCUGGCAGCCCACCUUUAGAACCCAAAUUUUCCAACUUCACGAGUGCUACAAACCAGAUUGAUGGCAAGAUUGGUUAUAACUUCAAUGAUGGAGAUGCCAUGCAACCAGUCAGCUUCCUUAAUGAGUUACUUGUGUCAACCACGACAACAGUGCUUCCAGAAACAACAACCAGUUUCUCUGUGACUUCACCAAACCUCAUGUCUGGUUCAGCAGUGGUCACAGCCAGGCUGGUGUUCAACUCAUCAUCUCCAGUUCCCAGUGAAGAUCUGGUCCUCGGGGCUAUCAACACUCUCCGUAAUUCCAGAGAGUCAAAGCUGAAUGAAUUAGUGAAAGUGGUGAAUGUCACCUAUGAGAAAAUCUCAGAAACCUCAUAUGCUGUGGUGUUUGAAAUUAAAGUGGUUGACAUUAGCAUGCCAGUGGACCAGGUGCUCAGAAACAACACCUACCAGGAAGUGCAGAAAAUCAUUGAUAUUACGCUGAACACUCUUCUGAACGAACCUGGCAGCCCACCUUUAGAACCCAAAUUUUCCAACUUCACGAGUGCUACAAGCCAGAUUGAUGGCAAGAUUGGUUAUAACUUCAAUGAUGGAGAUGCCAUGCAACCAGUCAGCUUCCUUAAUGAGUUACGUGUGUCAACCAUGACAACAGUGCUUCCAGAAACAACCAGUUUCUCUGUAACUUCACCAACCCUCAUAUCUGGUUCAGCAGUGGUCAUAGCCAGGCUGGUGUUCAACUCAUCAUCUCCAGUUCCCAGUGAAGAUCUAGUCCUCAGCGCUAUCAGUACUCUCCGUAAUUCCAGAGAGUCAAAGCUGAAUGAAUCACUGAAGGUGGUGAAUGUCACCUAUGAGAAAAUUGCAGCAACUUCCUAUGCUGUCAUCUUUAAAUUUAAUCUGAGUAAUAUCAGCAUGUCAAAAGAUCCUAAUCUAAGAAACGGCACAUACCUACAAGCUCAGGGUGUCAUCAAUAAUGCGUUGAACACUCUUCUGAAUGAACCUGGCACACAAACUUUAAAUCCCAAGUCAACCAACUUCAUAAGCACUUCAAACCAAUUUGACGGCAAGAUGGAUUACAUUUUUCAGGAUGGAGAUGUUAUACAACCAGUCAGCUUCCUAAAUAAACUAAUCCCACCGACAGUCUUAACAACAGCCAGUACUCUGACAACUACUCCACUGAUAGUGCGUGGCAAAGCACUUAUAUUCAUUCGCCUCGUGUUUGUCACACUGGCCCCCCUGCCAAAUCCAGAUAGGGUUGUUGAGGUGGCCAACACUCUGCUUAAAACACGUCUGGCAACCAAACAAGAUACCACAACACAAGACCUGAGUGAUUCUGUGAGCUUAGUCAAUGUCACAUAUACAAAAAUCAAUGAGACGGCAUAUGCUCUCAACUUUGGAUUUGAAAUCAGCAAUAUAACUAUGUCUGAAAAAGUUGAACUCAGGAAUGGUACCCAUCUGUUAAUACAAGACUCUAUAAACUCAUUGCUAUGCAAGAUCCUCCUCAGUAACUCGUCAGUUCCUUUCAUUAAGUUCCAAGAAGCUGAUUUCACGGGCAAUUCCACUGUGAUUCAGGCCAAAGUAGAGUAUGUUUUCUCACCAAAUGACUUCACGCAACCCAGUAUUUUUGUUCAGGAACUUCAACUUGCUGAAGUGAAUGCACUGACAACAAGCACAACUUCACCACCAAUCUUGAUUAGGAAGGCAAUUAUUAAGAUUCGUCUUGACUUUAUCACAUUGGGUCCAAGACCAAGUAAGGAUAAUGUUCUAGAGGUGGUUAAAACAGUGCUGGCUACAAAUCUCACAACUAAACUAACCGUGAAAACAGUAAGCGUGAGUGAUCCUGUGACCUUGGAGAAUGUCGACUAUUUAGCAAUUAAUGACACUGCCUACGCACUCAUAUUCGCAUUUGAAAUCAACAAAGUAUCACUGACAGAGUCAAGCAGGAAUGAAGCCUACAAAGUAAUCCAAGAUAAAACAAAUAACUUGGUGACCCAGAUCCUAAAAGACCCCUCAGUUAGUCUGCUCAUUGUUCCUGAUAUCAAUGAUGAUCUCACCGUGAUUGAGGCCAGUGUUACGUAUGUUUUCUCACAAUAUAACAGCAACUCUGCUGCUGGUUUAUUGGUUGGUACCCUUUUCAAGGUUUUUACCACACCAGUUCCAACCGUAACCACUACAAUGUCAAACAACGGUACAAACGCAGCAUGGGUUGUUGCCAUCAUUGUCCCCUGUGCUAUUAUCAUCGGGCUCGUACCUUGCUGGAUUCUCCUUUGCUGUCUGCUGUGUGGGUGCUGUGCAGCAAUCAGAAGACGUUGGCACAGAAGACGGUCGUACAACGUACAGUACACUACACGAAACAGCCUCUUCUAGAGAGUUCGGAGAGACUUGACAAAAUCAGGACUGAACACCAAUAGAAAUGAUAGAUUAUGGAUAUUCAGUAUGCAAUUCAAUACUGUCUCUUUUUUUAGUAGUGAAAGAAAUAUGUUAAUUCUUAUUUUACAAAGUAUUUAUUUUAUUAAGCCUGUAUUGCUAGACAAACAGGUUCUCUGUAAAAUGUUCUAAAUGUGAUAUUUUAAUUCUUCCUAUAGUGUAUAAUAAAAUUGUAUUUUAUUGUAUUAUUUAUUUGUAUUUAUUGUAAUAUUCUGUUUAUGUUUACAAUUAAUAAGCUUUUGGAAAGCAUUGGUUUAUUUAGCAUUACACAGUUCAGAGACAAAUGUGCAACAUUGGAAUUAUAGCUAUUAUUUAUUCAUACUCCAUGCACUUUAUUAAUGUGAAGGAAAGGUAAAGCAAGUUCAUGAUGUAAAGGAAAUUUAUGUAAGUCAUUGGCAUGAAAAUAUAAAAAACUGUAAUAAAAAUACUAAAGAAUACAGAACAAUA